AAUAAAAAAGUCCGGAAGCGGAAGAGUCAGUGUAAUGGGUCAAAGGCAGAGUUCUCGGGGCCCACCCUUGCCCCAGGGUGAGACGUUCGAUUUCAUGCUGAAAAAAUAUGGGCCCGAAAGCAUGUCAUGCAUAAAUGAUUGGAUUAAACAUACAGAUUUCCCACAAGGGGGGUCAUUUAAUAUGGCAAUACUAAAAAGGAUUGAAGACAAAAUAAAAGAACAAGAAAAUAAAUUAGAAACAAAGAAGACAGUCAAACAAAAAGAAAUAUUGGGAAUACGGAGACAACGGGCAUGCCUUAAAUGUUGGAAAGAUGAAGCUGAGAGACGGCAAAGAAAACAAAAUAGUAAACGGUUGGCUGGGAGACUGGAUGUGACGGGAAGCGUGUGUGGUCGUGAAGACAAUUGCUCUGUCCCCUCCGCUUCUGUCCCUAAUGUCCAGAAUGACUCUGGCGUUUCUGCAACACACACACGCGCACACACUAGAGAGAAAACACCUCCUCCAUACAAAGCUUCUGAAAAACAGGAUUUGUCUAAUAACCCUCCUUUCUCUUCUACUUCCAUGUAUCCUGAUCUGAGCGCCCUCACAAGCGUGAUGGACCACGACCUCGACUCAUACGCCUUUGGCCCAGGGCAACCACAAGCCAAACCACAACCCCAGCAUGUGAGCAGCAGCAGCCACCCGGACGACACAUCUUCUGAGGCGGGGGGAUCUGCAUCAGCAUCGGCCCCCACGCAGCGGGCAGCCUUAAAGACUGAGGCCGAUACACCAAGAGGGGCUGCUGGGGCGGGUCGCUCCUACGAACUGAGACAAGACAUCAAACCUCCUGACCGCUACACGGACAUCAGUGCCCCGAUGGUUGAAGUUAUGGGCCCGAAUGGACGAGACCUGGUUUUCAGGGCCUGGACACCACAGGACAUUGAAGAGAAUGCUAAGUCUCUUCCUGAUCCCACCCUGUGUGGUGAGAAGUUUGCCACUGCUUUCACUGACUUCUGCAGGGAACUGCGUCCAACAGGUGCUGAGAUUCGCAGAGUUCUCGCACGCAAACUAAGAGCAACUGAACUGGCAAAGAUUCAUAACAAACUGCCUGAAAUGGGACUGCGAGUUCUUAACCCAGAUUGGGAUCAUGCGGACAAUCAAGGGUUCGUGAAUGCAGUCAACGGCCUGGCCGAAGAAAUUAAGAAAACUUUCCCCACAAAAAUCAACAUGACGAGCAUCUACACCUGCAAGCAGAAGGCUGACGAGUCCACAGACGACUUCAUCGAAAGAGUGAUAGAGUGUGUCACACGUCACAGUGGACAGCCAAAACCUUCCACACUGGGGGUGGACGGUAAUAUCACAGUUUGGGAAACCCUGGUUUGUGACUCGGUCAUUAAAGGACUUCUCCCACAAGUUGCCGAGGCAUUCAAAGCAGCCUACGUGGGGUGGGCUGAGGAACCAAAACUGUCCGAAGUCCGGAAACACGCCAGACAUGCAGCCAGUCUGGUGGAUGAGCAAAAAAGAACAAAAAAGGACAAGACUGAGAAAGAACUGCAUCUGGCUGCCAUCUCCACGUAUCAAUACAUCGGCAGAGGAGGAAGAGGCCAAGGAGGGAGAGGCAGAGGAGGAAGAAACCGAGAAAGAUCCUGGCCAGAACAGAGGAACCCGGGGCAAGAGGAUGUCUGUCAUUGCUGUGGGAAAAGAGGCCAUUGGUGGAGGGACUGUCGGGUUCGUAAGGGUCGCCCUUCGCGGCGUCAGGAAGCAGAUUGACGCUGUAAGCCGGAGGGGGGCGAACCGUCACGCUUGUGGGGUCAACAGAUUGGGCGUGCCCCUCAGAGGACUCUAGGUGCACACCCUCCUCCUGGUAAGCCAUUUGACCACAUCAUGAUGGACUUCAU